GGCCCGCGUGGCUCUCCCUUAUUGGACACCUCAUUAUACCCCAAUAAAUGACCAAAAACCACAACCCCACCCCCACACACCCGUUAAAAAAAAAAAAAGGAAAAAGAAAAAGAGAAACACCUGAUUUAGAUCUUCGCUAUUCUACACACAGGAACCGGUUAGGAUUAGAGUAAAGAAGCGUGAGAUUCAUCCACUAUGGCUACGGAGAAUAGUACGAAUACGGCAUCGACUUCGAGAUCGAAUUCGACCGCCGAUUCCUACCUCGGCAGCUUGAUAAGCUUGACUUCCAAGAGUGAGAUCAGAUACGAGGGCGUUCUCUACAAUAUCAACACCGAAGAGUCCAGCAUCGGAUUGAAAAACGUGCGGUCAUUUGGAACAGAAGGAAGGAAAAAAGAUGGCCCGCAAAUCCCACCCAGUGACAAAGUUUAUGAAUACAUAUUGUUCCGUGGAAGUGACAUCAAGGACUUACAGGUCAAGUCUUCUCCACCUUUUCAGCCAACACCACCUAUAAACAAUGAUCCAGCAAUUAUACAGUCUCACUAUCCUCAUCCAGUUUCUACAUCUGCAAGCUUGUCACCUGCUGUUAGUGGGUCUUUGAGCGACAUCGGAUCCCACAAUGCUCAAAUGGGACUACCUGGAUCUAAUUUCCAAGGUGGGCUGCCUCUAUAUCAACCUGGAGGGAAUUUAGGAACAUGGGGAGCUUCACCUCCUCCCCCAAAUGCAAAUGGCAGUGGGCUUGCUAUGCCCAUGUAUUGGCAAGGUUACUAUGGCCCUCCAAAUGGGCUUCCUCAUUUACACCAGCAAUCCUUGCUUCGACCACCACCUGGGCUGUCAAUUCCUCCUUCCUUGCAGCAGCCAAUGCAAUAUCCAAACUAUAAUGCCCCUUUACCCGCAGGAGCCUCAAACUUGCCGCUUUCCAACUUGCCAACUGCUAACUUGUCGGUUUCAAACUUGCCAGCUUCCUUGUCAGACAUGCAAUCUCCUUUGCUUUCUGCCGGAACUAGUUCCCUUAAUUUAGUAUCCUCUUCUUCAGCAUCAUCUACUUUGCCUUCAACUUUACACUCAGUGCCCUCUGCUAGUUUAGGUUCCGAAAUAUUACCGAGUUUGAUUCCUAAUAAGACUUCUAGUUCUGCACUUCCGGCAGCCAAUUUAAAUGCCAGCUUACAGGCACUCUCUCCUUUGACUUCUUCAGGCCCAGAAUUAAAUACAAUUGUACCACCAAUCUCUAGCAAGCCUAAUGCAAUUUCUGGUCCAACUAUACCUUAUCAAAGCACUGUACAAUCAAUGCCUUCUGUUGUUGCCUCUAAUACUCUUCGAACAGAAGCGCCAACACCUUCAUUGGUAACCCCAGGUCAGUUGUUGCAGUCUGGACCCACUACAGUCCCUUCAUCGCAACCUGCACAAACAGCUCAUAAAGAUGUAGAGGUUGUUCAGGCAUCAUCAACAUUAUCAAUGGAGCCAUCAGUGCCUGUUGUUACGGAAGGGCAGCCACCAAUACUCCCAACACCUGUUCCAGCACGGGCAAAUAAUAAGCCAAAUGGAGCUCCAUUCCAUUCUCGUCACGGUUAUAGGGGGCGUGGAGGAGGAAGAGGAAUAGGGAGUUCACAUCCUGUGACAAGAUUUACUGAGGAAUUCGAUUUUAUGGCAAUGAAUGAAAAAUUCAAGAAGGAUGAAGUAUGGGGUCAUCUUGGUAAGAGUAACAAAUCUCAUUCGAAGGACAGAGAAUAUGGAAAAGGCAGUGAUGAUGAUGAUUCUCAAUAUGAAGAUGAUGAUGAAUUAACUGAGAUUGAAGUCAAGCCUGUUUAUAACAAAGAUGACUUUUUUGAUACACUCUCCUGCAAUGCACUUGAUCGUGAUUCUCAGAACGGAAGGACUAGAUUUUCUGAGCAACUGAAAAUAGACACAGAGACUUUUGGCAACUUUUCAAGGUAUCGAGGAGGUAGGGGUGGCCGGGGCAUUCCUCGUGGUGGUCGAUCUCGUGGAUCUUAUGGAAGGGGUUAUGGCUAUGGCUAUGGGUAUGGCUACAACUACGGUGGUAGGGGCCGUGGCCGUGCCAUGCCUGAUCGGGCAUCAUAGGCUGUGCUUGGUAUUCUGAAAUGAUAGUUGGCAAAGAGGCCAAUCGCCCCUGAAUCAACAAACUAAUAUAGGGCUAUGCUUGCAACGUGUUUUCCUGACUGUCAAUAAAGCAUAGGAUGUGCUCAGUGUUUUUCGUUUAGUCCAUUCGCGUUCCCUUUUGUUUAACGGUCCUGGUGGAGCUAAUGAAGGAGAAUUAUAUAUCAAUAGAAGAAUUACUUGUUUACCAUUCA